UUUGGGUGAGAAAGUCAAAGUGACCCAGCCCCCUCCGACGUGUCUCGUGUCGUUGCUCUGCUGUAGUCGGUAGUACUUCAGAGUUCAGGCUGCGAGGAUGGAGAACUACAAACAGUUUCUUGUUUUCUUCAUUCUGGCGUUGGCGGUCGGUUUUGUGUCGAUUGUGUUUGUUUUAGGGUGGGUUUUAUAUUACAAAGAGGGGCUCGGAUGGGACGGAGGAGCGGCUGAGUUCAACUGGCACCCGUUGUUGAUGGUUAUCGGGUUUAUUUUUCUUCAGGGAAUCGCAAUUGUUGUGUACAGGCUGCCAUGGACCUGGAGGUGCAGCAAGCAGAUGAUGAAGUUUAUCCAUGCAGGGCUGAAUGUUCUCGCCUUCAUCUUGGCUGUCAUUUCUGUGGUUGCUGUGUUUGAUUUCCACAAUGCAAAGAAUAUUCCCAAUAUGUACAGCCUGCACAGCUGGGUUGGGCUGGCUGCUGUCAUACUCUACCCAACACAGAUAGUUAUGGGCAUUGCCGUCUAUCUGAUACCUGCAACUCCAAUGUACGUGCGUGCAGCUCUUAUGCCUGUUCACAUCUACAGUGGCUUGUUCAUCUUCACCAGUGUAAUUGCCACAUCUCUCAUGGGCUUCACAGAGAAGCUCAUCUUUGGCCUGAAAAGCCCACCUUAUAAAGACUCUCCACCAGAAGCCAUUUUAGUAAAUGUUCUUGGGCUGCUCAUUGCUGCAUUUGGUGGUCUUGUUCUCUGGAUUGCAACUCGCCCCUCUUGGAAGAGGCCAAGAGAAGAAAUCACCCAAACUGUGAGCAAUAACAGCACAAACCCAGAUGACACCAAAACGGGCACUGCCUUGACCACAAGAACCCAUCUAGACCUUGAGACACGCAGACGUAACGGGAAAGUAGAAGAGUCUGGAUAAAACAGCUUUUCUAAAGGAAAAGUUUAGAAACAAGUUUGGAUUUUUUGUUAAAGGAAUAGUUCACCCAAAGAUUAAAAGUCUGUCUGAAUUUACUCACUCUCAUGCCGUUCCAAUCCUUUAUGAAUUUCUUUAUUAUAUGUUUUGAAAACUAUUGGUUACCAAAGGAAUUUUAUGGACUAAAAAACAGAGAGAUUUCUCAAAAUAUCUUCAUUUUUGGGUGAACUAUCCCUUUAAUAUAAUCUUAAAGCAAACAAAAAUAUAUUUCCAAACAAUCUUUUUAUUUUAAAAGUUUCUUCAGAAGAGCUUCAGACCACACUAGGUGUUCAAUGCUGAAAUCUCUGCUGUUGUGGAAGUCUUUGAAGGGCAUUUUAAACUGACAACUGUUUGCGCUGUAAAAUCUCUGCUGUGUAUAGAAACAUAGAGAUGCAUGUAUCGUUCUGCCCUGCUGCUUUAUUUUUACGUAUUUGCACUAUAUUAACAUUCAACACACUGUAUGCAUUACAUAAGUUCAAUUACAUCUGCAUUAUUACAGUCAUAAGUGUUUAUAUUACUCAUGAUUGGCCCAUUUGUUUAUUGUUUUUUUAUUUUAAGAUAGCAAUAUGCUAAUGGAAUAGACAAAACAAGUAAAACUUACAAUAGCAUUUCUGCAUAAUUGUUGGGACAAGAUUUGUAUAUUUUAUUACUAAAAUUAUUUAUCAUUUGAUGGAUGAUUUUUGUAUGAAACACUCAAAAUCAUUACAUAUUUUAGCAUAUUUGUGGGCAUUUUUUUCCCCUUCUGAAAUGAAAAUGUGAGAGAAAUUUUAUACAAUAAAACAAUAAAAACAUACCUUAUUUAGAAAGCCAAAAGCAUGCUUGGAGGAUUGACCAAGAAAUUAUGUGCAAAACAUGCUUAAGUUUCAUUGUUGUCUGUUGUAUGAAUGAUCAUAUUUGCCUUUACCAGCAGAACAGAGUAAUCCAUAAGCAAUAAAGAGCUGCAUCAUCUUUGA